UCAACUGUUUUUAAUAUUUUUUUUCAGCAACAAUUGGCUGAAAAAACUCAAAAUUUGCGUCGUUUACAUGCUCAAAGAAAUGAAUUAAAUUCAAAAGUUCGUAUGUUGAAGGAAGAAUUGCAGCAGUUACAUGAACAAGGAUCAUAUGUGGGCGAAGUCUCGAAAGCAAUCGACAAGAAAAAAGUUUUAGUAAAAGUACAUCCAGAAGGCAAAUAUGUUGUUGAUGUUGAUAAAGGAAUUGAUAUUGCCAAUGUUAAUACAGGCUGUCGUGUUGCACUUCGAGCUGAUAGUUAUUCCCUUCAUAAAAUACUUCCCAGCAAGGUGGAUCCUUUGGUAUCACUAAUGAUGGUGGAAAAAGUCCCCGAUUCAACUUAUGAAAUGAUCGGUGGUUUAGAUAAACAGAUUAAAGAAAUUAAGGAAGUAAUUGAAUUACCUGUUAAACAUCCGGAAUUGUUUGAUGCUCUUGGUAUUGAACAACCAAAGGGUGUUCUAUUGUAUGGACCUCCUGGUACUGGCAAAACGUUACUUGCAAGAGCAGUAGCUCAUCACACUGAAUGUACGUUUAUUCGUGUUUCUGGCUCUGAACUCGUCCAAAAAUUCAUUGGUGAAGGUGCUCGUAUGGUUCGUGAACUAUUCGUUAUGGCGCGUGAACAUGCUCCAUCUAUUAUUUUUAUGGAUGAAAUUGAUUCAAUUGGCUCAUCUCGCGUUGAAGGAAGCAGUGGUGGGGAUUCUGAAGUGCAAAGAACUAUGCUUGAACUAUUAAAUCAACUUGAUGGUUUUGAAGCGACAAAAAAUAUCAAAGUUAUUAUGGCAACAAAUCGUAUUGACAUUCUUGAUCCAGCACUUCUUCGUCCAGGUCGAAUAGAUCGUAAAAUAGAAUUUCCUGCACCGGACGAGAAAGCACGAGAAGAUAUAUUAAAGAUUCAUUCAAGAAAAAUGAAUUUAAUGCGAGGAAUAAAUAUGCGAAAAAUUGCGGAAGCAAUUCCGGGUGCAAGUGGAGCCGAGGUCAAAUAUUCAGUUUGUACGGAAGCGGGAAUGUUUGCGUUACGUGAAAGACGCAUACAUGUUACUCAGGAAGAUUUUGAAAUGGCUGUUGGAAAGGUAAUGCAAAAGGAUUCUGACAAGAAUAUGUCAAUUAAGAAACUUUGGAAAUGA